UUUUGCCAUACCGACAAUAAUAACAAAAGAAAGGAGGUGAAAGAAGAAUCUGAUUGAAUCUCCAUUUCCAUCAUGUCUAUCGUACUCGGUUGUGUUUCAUCACCGUUGAUUGUAGCGAAUCCAAAUCGUCGCUGGAAUUGGAAAUCGGGUAAGAACUCAGUUGGGGUUAAAGCUUGUUUCUUCAACCCAAUCCAGGAACAACCUAUUCUCAAAGAAGCUCUAAAGGAGCCCAUAGCCUUCAUGGGAGGGGUUUUUGCAGGUCUUUUAAGACUUGAUCUAAAUGAAGAUCCUCUCAAGGAAUGGGUUACUAAAACUGUGGAGGCUUCGGGAAUUACAGCUGAAGAAAUUCAGGCCACUGAAAUCGAAUCAGAAGAAACCCCACAACAGAUAGAGAUUGAAUGAUUUUAUUCCAAUUUACGAAUAAUAAACCUCUUAUAAUGUAAAGGGUACAUGUUUUUGGUAUGUUGUGUUAGAGAUUACUGCAUCAGAUUUACAGCCAUCAACAUUACUGCAUUUCUCCUCACUUAAGCAGUAUGUAAAUUGUGUGAAAAUAUCUGGUACGGUUUUCCACUUCAGAGCAUAGAUUUCAGAGAUGACACAACUUUGUGCAUCCUAGUUUUGAUGCCUUCAUCAAGUUUCUGCUCUAGAUUUGCCAAAA